AUGUUCGGAGGUACCAGUCAAUUUUCAUUUGGUGGCAGUACAGCACCCGCAAAUCCGUUUGGUGCAACAUCAACAAAUACUGCUGCUACUCCAGCAACAACAGGAUUUUUGUUUGGAGCGUCAGCUGCUCCAGGUACUGGUACAAUAGCUCCUGCUUCGUUAAAUUCAACAUUUACAUUUGGUAAUCCAACUAGCAGUGUGUCAGCAGCUGUACCAACCACACCACAGCCCCUUACAUUUGGUACUGGUUUACAAAAUUCGUCAACUAUUCGUCCAUUUGGUAGUACAACCACAUUUGGUAGUACGCCAGCUUCGACAACACAAGCUACAGGAGCAACAGGCUUUGGUGGAACGUCUUUGUUUGGUUCAACUCAACCAGCAGCUCAACCAACAUCAAUAUUUGGUUCAACACCAUCAACAUUUGGUACUGCACAACCCGCACAAACAAACAGUAUAUUCGGUUCGUCAGUAACAGGAGCAGCUCAAAUGGGUACAACCGUUAAAUUUGAGCCUGUGGCUGGUCAAGAUACAAUGCGGGCAAAAAACAAUACAUUUCAAACAAUUAAUACUAAACUUCAGUGUAUAUGUGCAAUGAAAGAAUUUAUAAAUAAAUCAAUAGAAGAACUACGCAUGGAAGAUUAUCAAUCAAAUCGAAAAUUCCCAGCAGCAAAUUCUAUGUUCGGUUCGACAACUUUUUCAUCAUCAACACCGUUUAAUCCAGCACCAUACGGCGCUAGCACAACAUUUUCUGCUCCAUCGACAGCAUCGAAUAUGUUUGGUACUAGCACAACAACAACAGCAAGUCCAUUCGGUAUGAUGAAACAUAUUAAUACUUAUGUUGUUUUAUGUAAUCACUUAUUUUCAGCUGCACCCGCAACAUCAACACCUUCAUUUACAUUUGGUACAAGUACAGCACCAACAACAAGUAUAUUUGGAGCACCGACUGCUACAACAGCAAGCCCAUUUGGUACUGCAACAUCAACAGCACCAACAACAGGAUCAAUCUUUGGUACAACACAACCAACAACAAGUAUUUUCGGUUCAACAACAGCAACGACAAAUCCGUUUGGGGCUAAAACAGCUACAGCUCAACAUACGUUUGGUUUCGGAACAGCAACCAAUACUUCAACACCAUUUUCUUUUGGAUCUCAACCACAAACAAGUACGAGUCUAUUUUCUCAACCAACAACAUCAACACCAUUUGGUACUACAGCCCCGACGACUACCAACAAUAUAUUUGGUGUUCCAACCUCAACGACAGCUCCAACGAUGACAAAUCCAUUUGGCACUCAACAGAAUACAGGAAGCAUAUUUGGUACAACAACCAGCGUAGCUGCACCCGUAUUUGGUGCCGGAACGAGUACAUCAGGAUUCACAGGCUUUGGUACUAAUGCACCAGCAGCAACAACAGCAAGUAUCUUUGGUAAUCCCGCAACGUCAAUAGCGGCUACAGCUCCUAUGUUCGGUGGUUUUGGUACACAAGCAGCUGCUCAAACUGCGAGCCCAUUUUCGUUUUCAUCCACAACAACAAGUAGUGGACCCAGUCUAUUUGGUACACCAGCAACAACAGCUUCAUCGAUGUUUAAUUCUCAACCAUAUGCUGGAUUUAGUUUUGCUCAAGUACAACCAGCAACAUCAAGUAUAACUCAACCAUUUGGAUUUUCUGCACCGUUUGGAUCAAACUUAACUACAACCAACGCAACUUUUGGUGCACCAACAAAUAUAACUCAAACACAAGGCGCACAACAAAAUAUUCAACAACCCGUAUCAUUAAUUCAACAAAGAUUUCUUGCUGCAUCACUUCUUGAUCCAUUUGCUAGUCGGGGAAAAAAAGAUUUCAAUAAUGCCGAUCAACUAAAAGCACCAGCAGAUUUUAUUGUUGCCUCAACUUCAUCUACAACAGCAACAACAUCAACAUCAUCACCAAUCACAUUAUCUUUACAAUCAAAUUCUCGUAAAUCAUCUUCAGCUCGUCCAUUGGUCGAUAUACGUUUCAAAUUAAAACCUGUUUGUUCAUCACCAUCAUCAAAUACAAUGAAUAAUGAUAUUAAAUCACCUAAUCAACCAACGACAUCAUCAAUAGCAGGUCAAAUUAAAAGUCCAUUAACAGCAGAUUUCAGUGAAGAAGAAGAACUUGUUUUAAUGGGAAGAAAUAAAAUGUCGAAAUUACGCUUAUCAAAUGAUUUUAUUGAUUCAUCAUUUCAAUCUGAAUCUAUUCGUUCACUCUAUCCAUUAAGACGUCUUGCUGAACUUGAAACAUUAGCUAAUAUGAACAAUAAUACAAAUAUUCUAUCUACUGUUCAUACAAUACCAUCAGCAGGAUCAUCAGCUUCAACAGCAACAACAAUCGAUACUGCUUCAGUUCAUGUUUCAUCAACAACUGUUAAUAAUGAACAAACAUUACAUCCAACACAUAGCAAUCGUGGAAUGUUACCUCUUCAUCAUUCAACACCACUCAUUGUUCAUAAACAACCAUCCCCUCCAAUGUCUCAUCCAUCAACGACACUUGUUCAAUCGCCAUCUUAUCCACCGCUACCAUCAACAACAGCAACACCACCACCACCACCACCACUACCAUCAUCAUCAUCAUCUUCUACGUCAACUAGUUCAAUACAAAGAACAAAACUCGCACUUGAUUAUGAGCAUACGGAUAUAACCAGAUCGAAUUCCAAUAGUCAUGCUUAUCAUUUACCAACAUUAACACGUGAACAUUAUUAUAUUAAGCCGUCAAUGUCAGAAUUGAAAUCUUUAUUCGACGAUAAAGGUCAAUGUAUUGUAGAAAAAUUUACUGUCGGACAUGAAAAAUAUGGUUCAGUAACAUUCUAUGAUCAAGUCAAUGUUACUGGUCUUGAUCUCGAUCGAAUAAUUGAAAUCGAGCGUCAUGAAUUAACUGUUUAUCCCGAUGAUAAUAAUAAACCGCCUGUUGGUAAAGAAUUAAACAUUCCAGCUCGUAUAACAUUAUACGGUGUUUAUCCUACUGAUCGAGCAACACGAGAAGAAAUAAGUGAUGUUGAACGUAUCAAAGCUAUGAAUUAUAGUGAUUAUUUACGUGAAAUAACAAAAAAAUUUGAUGGUGAAUUUGUUGAUUAUGGUAUAAAAGAUGGUUCAUGGACAUUUACAGUAAAACAUUUUACACGUUAUGGUCUUGAUGGUAGUGAAGAUGAUUUUGUUGUUGUUAAACAACCACAACCACAACAACAACAAGCACCAAAAACAUUAAAUCCUAAUUUUCUUGAUCAAACAAUUGCAUUAAAUGAUACAUAUGCUUUAUCAUCACCAAAGUCUCAGCCAAUGGAUAUGGAAGAAAAAGAAAACACAACAUCACUAUUGACACAACAGCAUCAAAAUGUUCGUUUUUCUAAUCAAUCAUUAAUUGGUUUAAGACCGAAUGCCGUUGAACAGUUGGUACAAUCAAUGUUUUGUGAUGAUGAUGAAGAUGAUUUCGAUGGUUUCCAACCGACAAAUGAUCACAUGGUAACUUCAACAAAAAUUAUUACUUCUGAUAAUCGACAGAUUCCAAUUAUUCAUGACCCCAUUAGUGAACAAACAACUACGAUGGAAGAUGAUAAAACUCGAAUAACAUUUAAGGCGCCAAUAAAGCCCAUACGUGAACGUGUUUAUUCAAAAUUACCAGAAGAAAUAGCACGAAUUCGAGGAAAAUAUUUUCGAACAAAUUUUUCACAUUAUCUUCAAUAUGGAUCAAUCGAUACUUUGAAUGAAACGCGUAUUUUACUUCAGACACCAAUGAAUUUUAAUGAACAAGCUACGGACGAAUUACUAGAGUUCUUCGAAAUUUAUUUUUUAUCAUGUGUAAAACAAACUGAGGAAAACUUAGAUAUCCCGUAUUUUCAAGUUCGUCAAGAUCCAAACGUUGUGCAACGAUUUAUUGAAUUUUAUAACAAAAUUUUAGAUGAAAAAAACAUGGAUGAUAAUAAUUCAUUUCAAACACUCACUCAUUAUUCAUUACAAGUUUUUCAAUUAUGCCGUUUACUAUGGGGACCGAUUGAAACACCAACAAAUAUUCAAUUAAUUAAUCAAACUUAUUUUGAAGAGCAACAAAGACGUCAUUUGUUAUCGAAUUGGUUACACCAAUGCAUAUUGAGUCAACCACAACAAGAACAAUGGAUAAUGCAAAACUGUGAAUUUUUAUCACGCGGUCUACUAAAUGACUGUGUAAAAUUUGCUCACGAUGAAGGUGAUCUUCGAUUGGCAGCACUUGUUCAUGCUGCAUCUGGUAGUAAUACUGUUCGCGAUAUUCUUCGUCAUUGUGCACAUGAAGAUAUUGUUGAUAUUUACUCAAAAGAUUUUCGACGAACAAUUGCAAUUUUAUCUGGUGAAUUCAUUGUCAAAGGUCAUAAUUUAGUUGAUCAAAAUCGAACAACUUAUUGGCAAAUGGCAUUAGCACUACAUCUUUGGUUUGCUAAUUCUGCAUCGGAUUCAGUUUCAACUAUUGUUCGUGAUUUUGAAUCAGCAUAUCAAGAGCAUUAUUGGCUUGAGCCCAUAGCUCAUCACGGAAAUACUAAAGCUCUUGAUCUACGUUGGAAAUUAUUAAAACUUUAUACUGAUGAUACAUACCCAAUUGAUAAUGUGUUUGAUGUUAGUUCUUAUACUCAAAAUCCAUUUGAUUAUCGACUAAGUUGGAUGUUGUAUAUGACACUUCAAUCAUUAGGUAGUUGUCCAUUAUUAAUUGAGAAUGAUGCAAGUGUACAUGUUAGUUUUGCUCGGCAACUUGAACAACUUGGCUUUUGGCAAUUAUCAAUAUUUGUAUUACUUCAUAUUAAUGAACCAACGAAUCGAGAAAGAAUUGUCAAUGAAUUUCUUCAUCGUCAUGUAACAUCAGAUAUAGAUUUAACACAAGAUGAACAAACACUUGUUGAUAAAUAUAAUAUUCCUAUAAAUAUGAUUUUAUCAGCAAAAGCACAAAGAGCUGAAUAUGAUAAGCAAUGGACAAAUGCUGUUCGUCUUUGGAUUGAUGCAAAACAAUGGAGAAAAGCACAUGAUACUUAUUGUUAUUAUGUUUUCCAUGAUACACUUAUGAAAGGGGAUCAUGAAUUUGCAAAAGAAGUGUUAGAUUUAUUAGAUCACCAACGAGCGAAUAUUGCACAUUGGAAUAGACGUGGUGGUUUUGCAAGACAGUAUAUUGAUCUAUUGAUUAUUUUCGACAAAAUUAGACAUGGACAAACAACAUUUUCAAACCGUAUUCAUACAAAUAUACUCACUCAAGUUCAUCGAUUAUGUGAUCAAUUAGCAGAUGUUAUUGCUGAUAAAUAUUUCAAAAGAAUCAGUCUUAUCGAUAUAAGUCGACGACUUUUAUCCAUCCUUAAUUACGCUAUAAUUUGUUCAAAUAUUCCAAAUUUAAUAAAUGAUAGUGAUGAAAAUUUCGCAAGAAAAUUAAAUUUAUUUCAUCAAUCCAUACUUUCGAGUGUACCAUGUUCAUUACCCAUCGAUCUUUUACUUGAACAAAUUGAACUCAAAUAUCGCUCUCAUCGUCAUUAA